UAUUUAAAAUUUUCAAUUCUUUUUGGAUUUGUCUACAAUUUUUGGCCAAUUAAAAUAACUAAAUUCAAAAUUCUAUAAUAAAAAAAAAAUAUCAAUAUGUUAAUCCCCGUUAAAUUUUGUAAACUAUUAAUACUAUUUGUAUUCCUGUUAAUUAAUGUGUCCCAAAUAAAUGCAAUUUGUCAAUAUCAUGGACAUUUACUAGAAAAUGAAUGGCGUUUAAUACUUAAAUAUGACAAUGCUAGUUUGCAAUUGUUAAGAGAGACCACGGUGCAAGAUGGCACCGUUUUAUAUAUGGUGUGUAACAGUAACGAUAUUGCCGAAGUGACAUGUGAAAAUGGUCAAUUCAAUCCACAAUUGCCAUUGAAUGAAUGGUGUGGCAAUCAUAUGAUGCCUCAAUUAAAACUGGAAAAUGAUAGAAAUUUAUGUGGUUUUAAUUUGUAUCGUGUGGGUUAUCAAAUCCAGUGCAAGCAUGGUGAUUAUUUUUUUGAAACCUAUAAAGUGUGUUUCGAUUUUGAACGAAAGCGAGCGGUGUUUACCAUAAACGAGGCAUAUCCAUUUGUUAUACCACGACCCUAUGGCAUGCGUUUUGAUCCAGAUGAAAUAUUUACCAUGAACAUUUUCUCCGCUUACAAUAAACGAAACAUUUAUGCUCAAUUCCGAAAAACUUUGGGUGAUGGACAAAACUUUAUGCCGGACAACGCUGGCGAUCAACGUAUUGAUCGUGGCCAUUUAACGCCCGUAGCUGAUUAUAUGACUUAUACGUUAAUAGCCACCACUUUUAAAAUGAUUAAUGUCAUUCCACAAUUUCACACAAUCAACGAUGGCAAUUGGAAAGCCAUGGAAGAAUGGGCUAGAAAUCCCAUUAAUACACCGGCCAAAGUUUGCAGUGGUGCUUUUAGUUGGGUUUUGCAAUUACCCGAUACUCAGGGUAAUUUGAGAGAGAUGUAUCUAAGAGGAGAUAUGAUUCCUAUGCCAUUAUGGACUUAUAAAAUCGUAUUGAAUUGCAAUGGUUUAAGAACUGUUUUUUUGCAAUAUAAUAAUAUUCAUGAUAAACAAAUGCCACCUCAAAUACCGCAUGGCAUUUGUCAGGAAGUGGGCUGCCCUUCAAAUAUUUAUUUGGCAAAAAGUAAUUAUUUAGGUUACACAUUUUGUUGUGAUCCGGAACAUUUCAUGGCGAAUAGUGUACCAAAUUUGAGGGGUUAUUGUUGACAGAAAUUUUAAAUAUUUAUAAAACUUAAAGACAACUUUGUAAUUUACACAAUUUAUUGCACCCAGUAAAAAAACUAUAUUUGUUUAUGAUCACCACAAUCAUUUCAACAUGAAUACAACUUUUUUUUUACAAUAUUAUGAUCACUGUUAGCCUAGAACAAUUCCUUGUUAUUUUCUGUGUUUUCCACAACAAAAGAAAACUUCAAUUAUUUUACAACUAAAACGUUUAUUUGUUCAUUAAAUUGUCCAUAAAUAUCAUUAGAUUCCCACAUAAAUUAUGGGGUUUGUAAACAAAACAAAAUGUGUGUAAUUUUUGUCUUCUUACAAAUAUGGCUAAUAAAAGUUAAAAUGCCGCCUUUUUAUUUUAAAUUGUUUGUACUAUAUUUA